AUGAAACUCUAGUGGCUGGAGUCAGGGCAGAGCGUGAAGGGAGCGGGUCCUGGUGGGCUUGCUUACAGCCCGGCGGGAGCGCCCAGCCGAGCACAGCUAACUGGACUCGCCGACCAGCCCCAGUCCCGAGGCUGCAGCAGCUUCGGUUCCGAGCCCGACCGGAUCGGAGCCCGAGUCCCGGCCCUUGAGGGGAUCGCUCUCUGCAGACCAGUGGGACCCCAAAACUUGAACGCAAUACCCAACCCCCCUUUUAUGCCUUCCUUUGUCACUUCCCCACCUUCCUUCCAACGCGUUCUUUUUUUUCCUCUUCGUUCUCCCUCCCUCGAAGGACACAAAAGUGGCUUCCACGGAAAGAUUUGGAGGCAGCGGGAGCUUUUCUCUGGAGAGCGACUGAGUAGAAGGGAUUUUUGGGAAGCCGGUUUUUUAACACCUCUGCCCCCCAAGCUUCUCUGUACCUCUCUGAGGAGAAAAGCCCGUAGAUUGAAAGUUCGGGGGACAUUUUGCUGGGUGCUGUAGGAGGAGAGAGGGGGAGGAGGACUCCGUCCCCGUCGUGGUAGUUGGCUGGACUUGUACCGGCCGUUGGAAACCCUGAAGUACAUUUCCGUGUGGGACUUUUACAGAUAUAUAUUUUUAGAUUUUUAAAUAGCAGAUAAAAAAUAUAUAUGCUUUGUAUAUAUUUCCUGACGACCUUCCCCUGACAGCGCGAUGUACAAUACGGUGUGGAGUAUGGACCGCGAUGACGCAGACUGGAGGGAGGUGAUGAUGCCCUAUUCGACAGAACUGAUAUUUUAUAUUGAAAUGGAUCCUCCAGCUCUUCCACCAAAGCCACCUAAGCCAAUGACUUCAGCCAUUACAAAUGGAAUAAAGGACAGUUCUGUUUCUCUUCAGGAUGCAGAAUGGUACUGGGGGGAUAUUUCAAGGGAGGAGGUAAAUGACAAAUUACGGGACAUGCCAGAUGGUACCUUCUUGGUCAGAGAUGCCUCAACAAAAAUGCAGGGAGAUUACACUUUGACUUUGCGGAAGGGAGGCAAUAAUAAGUUAAUAAAGAUCUAUCAUCGAGAUGGUAAAUAUGGCUUUUCUGAUCCGCUGACAUUUAAUUCUGUGGUGGAACUCAUUAACCACUAUCAUCAUGAAUCUCUUGCUCAGUACAAUCCCAAACUUGAUGUGAAGCUGAUGUACCCAGUGUCCAGAUACCAACAGGACCAGUUGGUAAAAGAAGAUAACAUUGAUGCAGUAGGUAAAAAACUGCAAGAGUACCACUCUCAGUAUCAGGAAAAGAGUAAAGAGUAUGACAGACUAUAUGAAGAAUAUACCAGAACAUCCCAGGAAAUACAGAUGAAGAGGACUGCAAUUGAAGCUUUUAAUGAAACAAUUAAAAUAUUUGAAGAGCAGUGUCACACGCAAGAACAACAUAGCAAAGAAUAUAUCGAGCGAUUUCGCAGAGAAGGGAAUGAAAAGGAAAUUGAACGAAUUAUGAUGAACUAUGACAAAUUGAAAUCACGUCUGGGUGAGAUUCAUGAUAGUAAAAUGCGUCUAGAGCAAGAUUUGAAGAAACAAGCUUUGGACAACCGAGAAAUAGAUAAAAAAAUGAACAGUAUCAAACCUGACCUGAUCCAGCUGCGCAAGAUCCGAGAUCAGCACCUUGUAUGGCUCAAUCACAAAGGAGUGAGACAGAAGCGCCUAAAUGCCUGGCUGGGAAUCAAGAAUGAGGAUGCUGAUGAGACCUAUUUUAUCAAUGAAGAAGAUGAAAACCUGCCCCAUUAUGAUGAGAAAACCUGGUUUGUUGAGGAUGUCAAUCGAGUACAAGCAGAGGACUUGCUUUAUGGGAAACCUGAUGGUGCAUUCUUAAUUCGUGAGAGUAGCAAGAAAGGAUGUUAUGCUUGCUCUGUGGUUGCCGAUGGGGAAGUGAAGCACUGUGUGAUCUACAGCACUGCUCGGGGCUAUGGCUUUGCAGAGCCCUACAACCUGUACAGCUCACUGAAGGAGCUGGUGCUCCACUACCAGCAGACAUCUCUCGUUCAGCACAACGACUCCCUCAACGUCAGGCUUGCCUACCCUGUCCACGCACAGAUGCCCUCACUCUGCAGAUAAAAAGGAAGUGGGAAGA